CUAUACUAUACUCAUGACGAUAGUUAGAUCUCCCGGCAGCCAAAAACGAUGUUCUGGGCCAAGUAUCCCCAGGUAGCGGUACCUCCACCUCUGGCUUGACGUCAUUUUUGUCUUUCGCCAAGCAUCCGCCAACGACGAAGGUUUAACCGUUAGCCGCAUCCAUGGGACUCCGUCUCAACAACGGCGGCGUAUCGAUUAUAGAAUUUCCAUAUAUGUACUCCGUAGAUGCCAAAAAUUCAAAAAGAGACAUCAUUUUGCCGUUCUUGCAAAGUAUAACCACCGCCAUGUGUUCCCCAACGGAUUCCCUCGGCUAUUUCUACCUCUCUCUCGCCUCCACCUCGCUCCCCUCCGACUCUCCUUCUACAACGUCUCGUCCAGUUCCAAAGCUCCAAAAGCGAUAGCUAUCUGCCGGCUGUUCUCUGCUGCAGACGCUUCGACUUGAUCGUUACUAUCCUUUUGGGACUGCCUGAUACUCGUUCAAGCUCGUUAUCGCCUUUUUGUGCGCUCCGCAAGAAAACUUCAACCUUCACCUGCUUCCUGUAGCGCCCGUUCGGACCUCUCUGAAGCUCCAAGAAGAGAGAGAUAUCUUGUCUACGGCUCGCCUUUCAAAGAGACUCAUUCGCAUGUGCGUCUAUACGAGAGCCCGUUAGGCUAUUCUAUUAAGCUCGCCAGGUUUUACAUCCUGAAAAGCUCCUCUGAAAGCCCACCGACAGUUGCCACCGUUAUCGCAGACGGACUUGUCAAAUAAGUCCCCUAGUGGCACCUCACUCUAUCGGCAUUUUACAUUACAGUAUAACUGCACUACCCUUUACUCGCAAUGAUGGAUUUCCUGUCCCUCUCCAAAAGAAUCCGUGAGAUUCUAGAGAAUCUGGAGAACGAGGUCACCAAUCCUCGCUCUGCGGAAUCAGCACCAUCUGCCCCGGAAGUCGAACUCUGCGAACUCUUGGGUGUCCCCCUGCGGUCUAAGGACUGCGCCUGCUAUGCCAAAGCCGCCUCCACUGGCCGCCAGUGCAGAGGCGAAAUCAGCCGACAGCAGCGACACAUGGCAAACCUACUUCUCCGAAGCGCCAGUCGAGCCUUCCAGAAAGAAGGUACCGACCUCAAACGACUCAUGGAGCUCUAUGAGCGAAUCCCAAGCUACCUGCUCUGCCAGCACCACCAACAGAAACUGAGCAGCCGCUUGGCCGUGGACUGGAUGCUGAAGACGAUGCACUAUCAAUUCGUGGAACCUGGCAUGUGCCAGCCGUGCACGAAGACCAGCCUCGAGCCCAUCAUGGAGAUGUUAAAUUCCAUUGGCAAGCGCUUGAUGGCCGAUGGGCACCUUUCCGCCGAGGCCUGCAAAGCUGGACAUAUAAGUUUCGGCGAACCUGAUCCUGAACCUGAGCCUGAGCUUGAGCCUGAUCCUGAUCCCGAUCCUGAGCCUGAGUCUGAAUCUGAACCUGAGCCUGAGCCUGAGCUUGAGCCUGAACCUGAACCUAGGGCAGAGCCUGAGCCUGAGCCCAAGCCUAAGCCUAAGAAGCAUAAGCCCAGAUCUGAUAUACCGGCCUUCUAUCUCUGCCGCUACCUAAAUAAUCUGCUCUUGCCACAUUUCAACACACUAGGAAGAUUUAGCGAUAGGCGGGCCCGCAUGCCAAUCGUGGGCGACUGUCAAAUCUGCAUGCAGCGUCUCCGCAACAAGAGUUUAAAGAAGUACUGGCAAUACCACAACCCUGUUCGAUCGCGGGAUCAGCAGGUAAAGGACCCCGACUAUCUUACCCACUGCGCACAACGCUGUGGGCAAAAUUUUCAUGCAGAAUGCAUGGACGAGUGGAUCAUCUCCUGCGUCAAAUCCCGGCUACCUAUUACGUGUCCGAACUGUCGUUGCCAGGGGCCCCUAGUCAUGCCAAGAAAGAAGUGAUCUCGGUUCACACCUUUUACACUUUUUUCUUUUUCUUUUUUUUAAUGUCUUGUCUAUUCGAUUCCACUGCGAAAUACCCCCAUUAUAACUACUGUUCUUUUUUUGCUCUGCCUCUGUAAUUCUCAAUUUUAUACGUCUGCUCUUUGUUUCAUGCUUUUGCUGGUGUUUUAACUUUCAACGUUCUCCUCCCUUACUACCUCGUGUCUGCAUGUGAAGUUGAAAACGGAAUCGUGUCUCUUUUUUCCCCAUCUCUGCGAUGUUUAUUUCAGAUGUUGAGCAGCAUUUUCUUCACGUACGUAUGUAUGUAUGCAUGUAUGUUUGUAUGCUUGUACGUACGUUUGUAUACAUGCAUGUCUGCUCUCAAAUUUGGAAAUAAGCACUGAUGUUUUCACUUUGUUAAACAAAUGAAAUUGUUUUGGGGCUUUCAUUCUUGCAAAUAAAGACUACUGAAUUUGUCUCACUUUUCAUCUCUUUCAGAUAGUUAUCAUCAGAAUGCAUACACCUGUUUUGUUCAUUACUCAUUAGCGUCAUCGACACUAUAAAAAGCUUCCUUUCUCAUUUUACAUUCCAUCCACAUUCAGUCGA